GCAAGGCACCUGUUGGCCUCUGGGAAGGACUUUUGUAAAGUGCAGCACCUCUUCCUGAACAGCUCCGAGAGAACUACGCAGCAGUGCCAGGGUCUUGACGGAAAAGCAUCCAGGCGUCCACUAUGGGAAACACAAUGUCCAUGCAAAGGGAACCUGAAGACGACGAACCUGUUCACAUAACAGCAUAUUCAGAGGUUUCAUCUGAACCUCCUGAAAACCUUAAGAAUGGACCUGUCACAAUCGCGACUAUACAGACUGUUCCUUCUGCAAAUGGUGAUGCAGUGGAUGCAAGAGUGAGUGUUGUCCAGGAUAAUGUGGCCGUUUCUUCCCAGAAGACAAUGGAGCUCAGCUCCAGCUCCGAGGCCAGUGGAAAUAAUCUUGGGAAGGAAGCCAAGGCAGCCCCACCAGCUGCCAAAUCUCGUUUUGUCUUUGCAUUUUCACGGCCUGUACCAGGACGUACCGAAGAGAAAGCAGCAAAUGCAUCGGCUGGGUCGGCUCAGCUUGAUGUCAGCUCAGAAGCACCCCAAGCAAACAAAGCCUUGAGUGAGAAUGUGGACCUUCCUGCUGCAGCUGCGACAGAGGAAGCUUCAGAUAAAAACCUAAGGGAAGAAUCUCUCAGUGAAAUUGAACUCACAGCACCGGGGAAGGCAGAGGAGGAGGAUGCCGCUUUGUCCAAGCCCAAAGAGAUAAGCUUUUUCGACAGACUCUUCAAAGUGGAAAGGGGGAAAGACAAGAUCAAAGCACAAGACCAAAGCCAAGGGGAGGUGAAGGAAGAGAAUCCAGGUGUCAUCAUCACAGCAGAAGGAACUGCAGGAUUACAAAGCACGCCAGAGAAUGUCUUGCAGGGGAAGGACGUAAUAGAUGAGUGCAAUCAAAACACUCUGCAGCCGGAUUCAGCAGGUGUCAAUUGCUUGGCUGCUGAGGAUCUUGCUCAAGAAGACGUAAAGCCAGAGAACGUUAAGACAGCAGCAGCUGGGACAGACUAUAACAACUCUGACUCUGUCAUCAUGAGUUUCUUUAAAACCUUGGUAUCUCCAAGCAAAGCAGAUUCCAAGGGUGACACUGAGGACAAGGGAUCUCAAACAGGCCUUGGCGGGCAGCUUUCUGAGAAGACGGCGGCCGAUUCCCACGUGAAAGGCACCAAGAAAAAGAAGCCAGACAGCCCCAGAUUAGGACACAGUACAUUUAGCAAACUGUUUAGGCAUAAGGCAAAGAAAGAUGCUCAGCAGGCGGCAAAUACCAAAAUUGCUGAGCAGCCUGUAAUCACUGCUACCGUGACAUCGGAAGCAAACGUCGCUCCACCACAGGAGAGUCCAGCCGCAAAGCAGAACACAAGGGCUCCUGACCCUCCUGCACCACAACCAGCCACAGUGACAGUGGUUGUCACCAACGAAACUCCAAAAGAAAUAAUAAUAACAAAGGAGAGAUCUUCUUCUACUCCUACACCCCUAAGUAAAUUCUUUCGAAAAAAGACUCCAACAGAUGACAUCGAGGUGAUAAACACGGAGAGGAUCGAAGCAUCUCCCCAAGCCCCAGCUAAAGUCGAAAGCAGAAGUCAGGAAGCAGCAGAAGUAAAGUCCAAAGGAGAUGAGAAGCCCAGCAAAACUAAGGAUCUGAGGAAAUUAUUUAAAUUGCCAGUCAGAGGUGACGCAGUAGUAGUUGCUCCAGAAGAGGUAAAUGGGCAAGCCCCUGAUGCCCAAACACUGGACUUCAAAGACAGGCCCUUGACCCAGGCUGAGAACAGAGAACCUGUGGCUGAGAGGAGCCAAGAGAGUUCAACAGAGAACCAGCAAGGAAACAAACAGGAAGCCAAAGACCAGCCAGACUCCACAGAGCAACAAACAGCCGAGACAGACUCCCUUCAGAAUGGAGGGGAAGCUGCGAAGGAAAACACUGUGAAGAGGAUAGAGAAGAGACAGUCAUUCGGAGGGUUUUUUAAGGGCCUUAGCCCCAAACGGAUGUCCGAUGCCGAAGUACAAACAGAUCCAGUAUCAAUUGUGCCUUUUGUGAAACCCAAGUAAUGAAUACACCGAACCAAAUGACAGAUUGUUGGAUCUCCGCCAUCAUUUUCCCCCACCCAUGCAGUGUAAAAAAGGAGACUUCCUUCGGUUCAUUUCUCUUCCUUCCACCCCCUUGCUUCAUAUGGUUGUUGCCAAACAAUAGCUGCGCUAGGCUCAAGCAAAGACUGGUGUACAUUCUGGAUUUCUUCAGAAGGUUUUCUUCAAAUAGGCUAACUUAAAGGUCACAGAAAAGCAAUGGAGAAACUCUUAGAGUUGAGGACAGCUCAGCUGCUGGGAAGGUUAAUGGGAAAGGAAAAGACAAGAGAGUUGUGUCAGUCCAAGGGGUAGGGAGAGCAAUAUUGACUAUGGCCACCAACAUAAAAAUCCUCACGACAUAAAAGCUCACCAUUCUUAGGGCAAAGCCAGAUGUUACUUUAAAAGCUCUAUUAUCAACCACAUCUGUGUAUGUGUGCCUUUUAAAAUUGAAUACCAGGGGCAUGUGGGGAGGGGAGGUUUAUCCCUCCUCCCCAUCUACGAUGCUGAUUAAAAUUAACCAAAAGGAGCAUCUUCUCCCACUCUGUCAAAGCUAAUUGCUGUUAGUGGAGGGCAAUUUUUGUCAGGAUUGCAUCUGGGAAGAGAAUUGUUAAGGUUCCCUUUCCUUCAGGCUGCAGUCCCCAUGAAAAUUGGGGAGGCGGGGCAAGCAUGUGCCUGGUCUUGAGUUUUUCAAAACAAGAUGUGGUUGCUAAUUAGAGCAUUAAAGUAAUGCUUGGUUUCGACCGGAGACUUCUGCUCCCACAUCUGGCCCUGUCAUGCCAUCUUAUGGCAGGGUCCCCCCCCCCAUACUCUGUCUCUGGGCAGCCUCACUGAACCAAGACAUAUGUCUCUGAUGACCAGAUCUUAAUGUGCAUGCCUUUGUCCAGGGCUGAGCCCAGCAGAUUGAUCCACUUCACAUCCCCUGCAAGGGGAAAGCAAAAUUAUGAGAGUCUCUUAUUACCCCCAGCUGCAAUAAACAUGUUGGGCAGCUAAUUAGAGCUGCCAAAUUUAGUGCACCCAGUUAGCAUAUUCA